AUGUUUACGUUCACACCUUUGCUUGGCGCACAGUCGUCCUCCUCGAAGGCUUCUCAGUCAAUUUUAGAGCUGGAUGGUGGAAUUAAGAUCCUUGUGGACGUCGGUUGGGACGAUACCUUUGAUCCUCUGGAUUUGCAGGAACUAGAAAAACAUGUUCCCACUCUUUCCUUAAUCCUUCUGACCCACGCUACCCCUGCGCAUAUUGGUGCCUUCGCGCAUUGCUGCAAGACCUUCCCUCUUUUUACUCAGAUUCCCGUUUACGCCACGAGCCCCGUUAUUGCGCUUGGUCGUACACUACUACAGGAUCUAUACGCCUCCUCGCCGCUAGCUGCAACAUUCCUACCGAAAGCCUCGAUCUCGGAGCCGGGCGCAUCAACUUCUGCAGCAUCCGCCGCAGCAUCCGCCGCAGCAUCCGCCGCAGCAUCCGCACCAGAAGGCGAAGGAGGCGCAGAUGCUAGUCAUUCCGGACGAAUCCUCCUUCAACCUCCUACCGCAGAGGAAAUUGCCAGAUACUUCUCCCUGAUCCACCCCUUGAAGUACUCGCAACCACACCAACCACUUCCUUCCCCCUUUUCCCCUCCACUGAACGGCCUUACGCUCACGGCUUACAAUGCUGGACACACGGUGGGAGGAACAAUAUGGCAUAUACAACAUGGCAUGGAAUCAAUCGUUUACGCUGUCGACUGGAACCAAGCACGAGAGAGUGUAAUGGCAGGUGCUGCAUGGUUCGGCGGGUCAGGCGCCAGUGGAACGGAGGUCAUAGAGCAAUUGCGCAAACCCACCGCGCUGGUUUGCAGUACAAGAGGAGGUGACAAAUUUGCCCUUCCAGGAGGACGAAAAAAACGGGAUGACUUGCUAUUGGAUAUGAUUCGAAGCACUCUCGCCAAAGGAGGCACUGUUCUGAUUCCUACUGAUACUAGCGCUCGAGUCUUGGAGCUGGCAUAUGCGCUGGAGCAUGCGUGGCGGGACGCUGCUGGAACAGGACAAGAGGAUAAUGUACUAAAGGAGGCUGGAUUAUACCUCGCAGGUAGGAAGGCUAAUACGACGAUGAGAUUAGCUAGGAGUAUGCUAGAGUGGAUGGACGAGAAUAUUGUGCGAGAGUUCGAGGCCGCGGAAGGUGUAGAUGCGGCAACGGGCCAGUCUCGAGCUAACCCUGGUGGUCAACGUUCUGGUCAAAACCAAGGCAAAGAAGAGAAGGGCACCGGUCCUUUUACUUUUAAACACCUGAAGAUCGUUGAGAGGAAGAAGAAGUUGGAGAAAAUCUUGAAUAACCAGGCACCCAAGGUCAUUUUGGCUUCCGAUACGUCACUGGAUUGGGGUUUCGCAAAGGAAUCUCUGCGCCUGGUAGCGGGGGGGCCGAACAACCUUCUCCUACUCACGGAGUCUUUCCAUAAGGAGAGGCUUGCCGACAACCAGGAAGAUCCGUAUCGGAAAACUCUAGGCAAUAUGAUCUGGGAAUGGUAUGAAGAAAGGAAAGAUGGUGUCGCACUGGAAAAAUCUUCCGACGGUGAGAUGAUAGAACAGGUUCAUAGCGGUGGUCGAGAACUCUCCUGGUCAGACGUGCAUCGUGCGCCUCUAGAUCCUGGUGAUCAGUUGCUCUAUCAACAAUAUCUCGCCACGAAGAGACAACUACAGGAUACUUCCCAAGCAAGGGGGCAGGAAAACUUAGAUAACGCAGCGGAUGCGCUUGAUGACCGAUCUAGUUCCACAUCCGAAGACUCUGAGACAGAACAGCAGGGACGGGUCCUAAACUUCUCAACUUCACUAGCUCAUUCCAAUCGCAACAAGCUCGGUCUCAGCGAUGAAGAUCUUGGUGUUAAUAUCCUUCUCCGGCGGAAGAACGUGUUCGACUGGGAUGUCCGGGGCAAGAAGGGCCGUGAACGAAUGUUCCCAUAUGUGGCACCAAGAAAGAAGGGAGACGAAUAUGGAGAAUUCAUCCGACCUGAGGAAUACUUACGAGCAGAAGAGCGUGAAGAGAUCGACAUGCAACAGCGCAGAUCUGACUCUCAAACCAAGCUCGGUCAGAAACGACGAUGGGAUGAAACAGGACCGGCCGGGCGUCGGUUGUCCAGCAGCGGAGCCAAACGCCAACAGUUCCCUGGAAAGAAGGAUGCCAGCACAGCAGACGAUAUGAGUUUGACAGAGGAUGGAGAAGGUGCUGAUGCUGCUUUGGAGUCAGAAGACGAAGCGGACAGUCAGACGUUCGAGGGGCCCGCGAAAGCGGUCUAUCAGAAGGCCAGUCUCACUAUUAAUGCUCGCAUCGCUUUCGUGGACUUUACGGGAUUGCACGAUAAGCGGAGCUUGGAGAUGCUGAUUCCGCUCAUUCAACCACGCAAACUGAUUCUAGUGGGCGGGAUGAAGGAAGAGACCACAGCCCUAGCAACAGAGUGCAAGAAGCUCCUCGCGGCCAAGGCUGGAGUUGAUGUCUCCGCCGCGGACUCUGCUGUGAUUUACACCCCAGUUAUUGGGGAAGUUAUUGAUGCUAGCGUUGAUACGAACGCCUGGAUGGUCAAGUUGAGCAACAGUCUCGUCCGGCGCCUGAAAUGGCAGCAUGUCCGUAGUCUCGGCGUGGUUACAUUGACUGCGCAGUUGAGGGGUCCUGAAUUGAAUCCGCCAGAGGACGCAGCGGACUCCCCAAGUAAAAAGCAAAAACUAUUGCAGGAAGAGACCAGCUCGCCAGCUACGGCACCUACCGUCGACGGCACGAAACCCACCGCAGACAAGUCUGAUGUUUACCCAGUGCUUGAUAUACUUCCCGCCAACAUGGCAGCAGGAACGAGAUCUAUGACUCGCCCUCUCCACGUGGGUGAUCUACGACUAGCAGAUCUCCGCAAGAUCAUGCAGGGGGCCGGCCACACGGCCGAGUUCCGUGGUGAAGGAACGCUUCUCAUUGACCGGAUGGUCGCGGUCCGCAAAUCAGGAACAGGGAAGAUCGAGAUUGAAGCUACGGCUCAAUCAGCUGCUGCUGUAGGACGUGGGGCGGGAAGCUUCCUUGACGUGAAGAGGAAGAUUUACGAGGGGCUUGCUGUUGUUGCGGGUAAUUGA